CAAUGUGCUUCAACAGAAAAAAGCAGUUGAGAUUAUCAAACAGUUGAAAGUUGUUGUUGGCCUAACAAUCAUUAUCUUUUUUUUUGUUCGGUGAAGAUAACCGACGGUGUGACAAUUGUGCAAGUCACACAUCACACAACGCCUUCAACCAUCACGCAUGACUCACAGAACUCACAUAACAUAACAAACCACCUACAGAUAGCUACGGAACGGAACUGAACCCCUCAGUCGCACUUAGUCACUCGAAGAAAUCGAAAGUGUAAGCAUGUCCGUAGACGAAACACCUGCCAUUAUUAUUGACAAUGGAAGUCACACCCUGAAGGUUGGUUUUACCGGUGAAGAAGAUCCGACGGGAGUUUUUAGAAACCUUAUGCAUGUAGCUGAAGGUACCGAUGGCGUUAUCCGUCGCGUUGGUGAAGUCCUGCCGAAUGGUCACGUUCGUAGCCCAAUGCAAAGAGGCGUACCUUGCGAUUGGGAUGCGAUGGAAAGUGUUUGGGAGUACACGUUUAAAGAUGUGCUGAAAGUUGCGCCGGCAGAUCAUAAAGUGCUGCUCACCGAUCGACCACUUAGUGCGCCGGCAAAUCGGGAAAAAGCGGUACAAAUAAUGUUCGAAAAGUUCUCAACACCUGCCACUUAUGUGUCGAUGCAGGCAACGUUGGCACUGUAUGGUGCGGGCCGUACCAUCGGAACCGUGGUUGAUGUUGGCGAUGGAACGACAAGUGUUGUUCCGAUUUACAAAGGUACACCCGCUACCGCAGCUAUCGCAAGCGUCGAUUUCGCUGGUUGCGAUAUGGUAGACUAUCUGGCAAGUGCACUCAACGUAAGUGAUCGAAAAAUUGCUCACGAGAUAAUGGAAAAAGUAUGUGCGGUUAGUCCCAACAUGGGGAAGGAAACGAUAAACAAUCUCGACUAUAAAACUUCAACCGGAUCAAUCGUCACGAUUGGUGCGGAACGCAUUCGAUGCGGCGAGGCAAUGUUUAAUCCAUCGGUAAUAGGUCACCAACAGAUUAAACCAUUGCACGAGCUAAUUGUGGAGAGUGUGGCUGCUUGUAAGGAACGCACCCUUAAAGAUCUGUACGCGUACAUCAUACUUGCCGGUGGACCGACGACGCUUAACGGGUUUGCGGAACGUUUGCAACAAGAACUAACGACACUGGUACCGUCGGGGUAUCGAUGCAAGGUCGUGACGGCUCAACAUCCAAACCUGACUGUUUGGGCUGGUGGAUGCAUGGUAGCACAAAGUCCCUUGUUUCAGCAAUCGUGGAUAACGAAGAAAGAAUACGAAGAGCAUGGUGUGGAAAUAAUUCAUCGUAAGUGUGUUUGAGCUUGUUGGAACUGUUGCUCUCUUCAUCUUGAAAGUGAUGCGUUACUUAUUUUAUCACACCGGAAGCAAGAUAAUUUUCAUGAGCAAGAACACACCCACGUUAAGAUAAAAUGAUUACACGAAUGUUUAUCAAUAAAAAAGAAAGCUGAUAAAAAAUUUUAACCAUCAUUGUGCUGUUUUGAACCAUAUCUUUUGACUCACUUUUUUUUAAAUGUACUUCAUCUACUCGAUGUACGCUUUUAACGCUUGAACUACCAAGCGUUUUAAGCGUUUUUGCAUUGGGUUUUUAACGUUGCAAACAAUUGUGAACAGAUGGAUAACAUUUUAGGUAUUUUAGAAUUCGUACUAUAUAAUAUUUAUGUAACAGAUUUACUUUAUAGUACUUACUUAAACAGUAAAAGUAAUAUGAAAAAAAUGAAGCGUUUCUGUUCAAAAUGACUGGUCCAGUUUUAGUGUUAAUGUACUACGAGAAUAUUCCAGUUUACUUAAAUUUUCAUUCAAUUUCUUAAAACUAGUUUUUAUAAAAGUUAAAUAAAAAUAUGUUUGUGUUUAAUUUACAAUAUAAAAAGAAGAACUUGAAAUCAUCAAAACGAAACAAAAAUUCGAUUAAAUUUGAAAAUUCCGUUCACUCAAGUACCGCGCGUACAUCGGGAAGAGACUGAAAUUCCACGACAAUUGUCUAAACAAACACUAUUUGAAAGAAUUUAUUUCAGCUGAUUUUUCUCGCACAAAAAAAAAUCGUUCCAUCGUAAUUGUGCUUGAAUUAUGUCACAGUCAGCAGAUGCCACUGCUAUAAUGCAAAACAAACAGCAAUUUGUGAAGUGGUUUUUUGGUGAAUCGAAACCGUUUCACUUACUUAUCACACCAUUUACACUUCGGAAAGGAAACCGGAAAUUAGCGGUCAAUGGAAUGGGAAAAUUUAUGGCACUGGGCGGGAUUUAAAAGAAAUAAAAUUUCUGUCCGCCAAUAAAUCGUUCCCAUUUGGUUUCG